AUGGGGUACCGCCUUUUGACCGAAGACAGCAACAUAAGGGGUCUGUGGCGUGCUCCGGCAGCAGCGUGGGAGUCAGAGCCGGCGCAGAAGAUACGAGGCUUGAAUAAGAGAUGGGUCAUCCUCCUGGUCUCCAUCGUGCUUGCGCUCGUAAUACUCGUCAGCUAUCACCCUCUGACAAUCACCAAUGCGCUUUCCUCGACAACUUCUCCCUCGACAACUUCUCCCUCGGCACCUUUGGUGUGGCCCUCAGCAGUCCUCGUGGACGGGACACCAAUCUUGAAGCCUCGCGAUUUCAAGAUCAUUGGGAUCCUCUUCUUCGGCAGAAGAGAUACCCUCUCAGUCCUCGAAUGCUACCUCCGCGCCAAUCUCGUAUCUCACGGCGGCUUUCUAGAUGAAAUACAUUUUGUUGUCAACACCGGGAAUGAAGAUGAUAUAGCAUGGCUCGCGAACAUGGUGGUUCAAGUCAAGGACUACAGAAGGGUGGAAUUGGAAGAAGACGGUUUUACUCAGAACUUCAACUCGAUUUACGCCCAGUCCAUCGAGCGCGAUCAUAUGUACAUCAAGAUCGACGACGAUUUGGUCUGGAUGAGCCCCACGGCCAUCCCGGAGCUCGUCAAUACCAAGCUCAACCACCCCGAAUCCUUCGCCGUCCUCGCUUCCCUCAUCAACUCGGCAACCAUGGGUUGGGUCCAAUACCGCCUCGGCGCCGUCCACUCCUACUUCCCGGAACGCCAGCCUCCGAUCCUCGAACCCUCCUCCGAAGACACCGGCGACGAAUCCUACGGCCCGAAAGCGUGGCGCGCGUCCGCUCUCCCAACGUGGCAGUCCCCAAACGGCGACGAUGAAAUCGAAGAGUUUCCCCACGCCGACAAAGCAGGGAAAGCGGACAAAGCCCCCAUCGGCUCGAUCGGAGGGGCUCCGUACGCGAACCACCGCUGGUUGCCCUUGCGCGAUGAGGAUCGAUACAUAGCCAAGACCCCGAUCGCGGAGGCGGAAUACCAAGGCGACGGCAACAGUUGGCACAUGUGGACGAUCGCGGCGCAGCAGCACUACUCGUUGCUGGAGAAUCUGGAAAAGGGGCUGCUGAGGAAAUAUCACAUUGGCGACGAGGGAAUCUGGAACAUGCGUUACGACCGCACCAACAUCAACCUGUUCGCCAUCUGGGCCAACGACAUUCUGGACAACCUACCCUUCGAGGGUGCCGAUGACGAGCAGUUGAUUUCCAGCGAUCUGCCGAGGAAGCAGCAUCGUCAAAACCUCGUCCAGACCCGCGCCCUCACCGCUCACUUCAGCUUCGCGGUCCAAAAAGAAAUGUACGACACCGACCUCCUGAGCCGCUACCGCGCCUACGCGAACGAGAUGGUCUGCACGGCCGAGAACCAGAUCCCGAUUGUGAAUCUAGCCUCCGAAGAGAAAGAUCAAGAGACUCGAUGGAGGUAG